AUGAAUCCUCAGCCCCCAGAUCCCAGGGCAGGCAGGAAGCCUUUCCCACCUCUCCGCCGACCGUCCUCUAUCUCCAAAUCCGCGACUCCCCCCACUCCACCCGAGCUACCUGCCCCACAACGGACCACACAGGAGAAAUUCUUUAUCUCAACCACCUAUUCCACCAUCACGGCCAGAGCUCUGUCAUUCCGCGGACAGGUGCUCAGUGGCGUCACCCCGCUUCAGCUGGCCAAGAAUGGUUUUCACUACCAACCUUUUCCAAGUGGCGGCCUGGCUUGCUGCUUUGCGUGUCAGUCAGCCAAACGCCUAGACAGCUUCCAGCGCCUACCUUUCCAAGAGAUACAGCAACUACAUAGAGCAGACUGCAUAUGGAAGGUCAUCUCCAGUGACUUAAAACAACAUCUCGAUUCCACCGACACGCACUCCUCUUCAACCAAUACACACCCUCCGCCUCGGUCAGGCUCUAGCCCUUUUUCCUCGAAGCGCGAACAACCUAAGAAAACGACCACCGACGCGAGUACACAAACACAAGCCGAACCAGCACAAAAGCUGCCUCCUACAGCAGAAGAAUACUUUAACGACUCCCGUGCUCCUCCGCCAUCCAACACAACCGACCCAGAAUCACGUUUACCUCCACCGACCGUCUCUCCUCAGCCUCCCCAUCCAACACCAAGUAUCACUACCCUACCCCUAAGCCAGCAGCCAACCUAUGCUUCGGUCCUCCAGUACCCCACCACGACUUCACCACGAUCAAUUCCUAAAACCCGAGAACCCGUCCCUCCCACUAGACCUAUACUCACGAUAGAAGAUCUUCACCGCCGGUUUUACAACAAACCAUCGCCAUUCCAGCUCGAGUCCAAGACAAAGAAACGCUUAGCUAGUCAAGUUCGCAACAAUUCGGUAUCCGCAACAAAUUCAUUGUCCAAGUUCCUGACUUCAGCAUUGCCCGCAUUCUCGCGCUUUCUUGCAGAGAUGCAACCAAAUUCGAACAAUGCCACAAGGUCACGGCAGGCCCCAACGAGGCUCCAAGAUCGUUUAAGAAGUGGUACACGAUACAUGUACGUACAUUGA